UUCCUCUGUAUUUGCAGUCGACCCUGUGCUUUUUUGUAUUUUCCCUUCCUAUAUUCACUUAUUUUACUGAAAAUCUCUUUCGGGAAAGUGACUCUUUUUUUUGUGAUAUAUUCGUGGUUUUUCGUAUGAAAUGGGUUGUACAAGUCAUCGAAACUGUGUAAUUUGUGGCAAACAAGAGAGUAACCCGAACGAAUUCUACGACGAUUCUAAGUUUUUUGCCAAAUUUCCACUGGAUGAAAUCCGCUGCAAGGAGUGGGUUAGAGCUGUUGGCAUUGAAGAUUUGGCACAUAUGCCUAUUGAAAAACUUAAUGAACGACGCCAUAUCUGCGGAGAUCACUUCGAAAAAAGUCAUUUUAGUAAGGAAAUGAAUUGUUUGAAGAAUAUUGCUGUACCUAAACUGCAAUUAUCCUCACCUCCACUGACUGAUAAACAACUUCAACAUUUUCCUCUGCAUACUGCUGCAAAGAACAAAACAGUGCCUAUACCUGAUGCACCAAUGGCUUCCACAAGUAAAGAACAUCAUGUUGCUGACCCUGUCCUGAUACCUGACACGUCAAUGCCUUCCGUAAGUAAAGCACCCUUGAUUGCUGAUCCUAAAUUGGUGUGUUCAGUCAGGUACAAACCUGACGCUUCAUUACCUUCCACAAGUAAGGAACACCUUGUUGCUGAUGUUGUCUUAAGUAAGCUCAGAGGCACAGGCUGGUGUGGACAGGAGCAGCCAGUAUUUUACUACCGGGCUGUCCCACCGGUGCGCAACCGAGUUCAGGAUGAUGUUAGGGCUGGCGCUCACGCGCUGCAGCAUGGAGUAGCAUCGCUUCCGCAUGAUUGCAUGAAAGCCAUCCACUCCCGCCUCACAGAACAUGCCGGAGGCGCUACACCGCCGCCCCAGCCCCAUCAACACCCUGAACGCGUUAUUAUACUGCACCCUCAAAGCGCUAUAUGCCUUCCCCGUGUAACUGACCCACAGGCUGCAGGUGUAAAAAGUUUGACAGAAUGCUUUAAAAAGCGUCGUCUUUACCUCCUUUGUACACCUUGCAAACCUGCGAGCCAACAUAUUGCAGCGGACUGA